AUGGAGUUUGCAGAAUUCCUAUCAGCUGCUGUAUCAGAAGAAGCAGAAGUCCAAAGUACAGUACCAAAAAAACUCAAGAAACUUAAGGAAGAAAACCUUUCUCAAUUUCUUGUCUCUCUGUCAGAAGAACUCUCCAAUGAGAAUAAAUCUCUGAAAUCCCGUGGAUUGGCGGGUAUUGUGCUCAAGAACUCUUUGGAGGAUUGGGUGAAUAUGAAAAUUUUAAUCAAAAACAAAAUUAAGCAGUUACUCUUAGACACUCUCGGCUCACCAAAUCCCGAAGCAGGCCACACUGCAGCCCAAGUAAUCGCCAAAAUUGCUUCCAUAGAUAUCCCAAGAAAUGAUUGGUCUAAUUUCAUUUGCACUUUAUGUAGUAACAUGUCUCAACAAGAUAAGCCAAUAUUAAUGCAAGCAAGUUUGGUAUCACUUGCGUAUGUUUGUGAAGAAAUAUCGCACUAUCCACUUACUCAAAAUCAAGUUAAUAUUGUCCUUGAAGCUGUAGUUAAUGUCAUUAAUGUUUCCCAAGAGAGCGGUGUUCGUCUAGCUGCAGUCACAGCUUUAUACAACACACUUAACUUGGCUCGGCCUAAUUUUGAAAUUGAGGUGGAUAGGAUUUGGAUCAUGGGUGUGGUCUGUGAAGUAGCUAAGGAUAAAGAUACUCACAUCAAAAGAAAAGCUUUUGAAUGCCUUGUCUCGAUUGCAUCGACUUACUAUGAUUUUUUGGAGUGUCAUAUUUCAACCCUUUAUGUGUUAACAACAAAAGCUUUUUGA